AUGCCGAAAUACCAAAGCAAGUCAAAAGUGAAGCGGGGCCAAGCUCUUGUAAACUAUUGGCAAUUGGAAAUCAGCGGGAAAUUCCAUUCAGGAAAUCUGGGUAAAGAUCCGUCAACUGAAUCUAAUGCAUUACGUUCAUCUACGACUAUUGUAGAAACUCACGUUCCGUUCGGUAUGGCAGUUGAUGAGGACACUUCAUCGCCAGAUAUUACGGUAGCUACUUUCUACAAUUAUGAGUACCAGUCUAUUUUUAAUAUUGUUAAAUUGAACUUUGUCUCCUGGUGCCCCAUUGCGCAUUAA